UGCUAGCGGGGGACUCCCCAGGGGGUGACUGCGGGUCGCCGCCCUCAACGCUUCCUCGUGGGUAGAGCCGAGGGGGGCUCUUCACGGUCCUCAGCCCUUGUUUGCCGGUCCUGAAGUGGCGCGACAGACUCCCUGGGAAGGUUUUCUGAUCUGGGGUAGGACCAAACAUGAAUGUUGGAGUUGCCCACAGUGAGGUGAAUCCAAAUACCCGUGUAAUGAACAGCCGGGGUAUGUGGCUCACAUACGCACUGGGAGUUGGCUUGCUUCAUAUUGUUUUACUCAGCAUUCCCUUCUUCAGUGUUCCUGUUGCCUGGACCUUAACAAACGUUAUACAUAAUCUGGGGAUGUAUGUAUUUUUGCAUGCAGUAAAAGGAACACCUUUUGAAACUCCUGACCAGGGUAAAGCAAGGCUCCUAACUCAUUGGGAACAACUGGACUAUGGAGUACAGUUUACAUCUUCACGCAAGUUUUUCACAAUUUCUCCAAUACUUCUGUAUUUUCUGGCAAGUUUCUAUACAAAGUAUGAUCCAACUCACUUCAUCCUAAACACAGCUUCACUCCUGAGUGUGCUAAUUCCCAAAAUGCCACAGCUACAUGGUGUUCGGAUCUUUGGAAUUAAUAAGUAUUGAAAAGUUUUGAAAUUGAACUGUGGAGUUGUCUGUAAGGGAGAUGUGGUUCGUAAACUGCACUGUAUCUGUGAUACUGUGAAAUGAGAGGUAUUUAGUUUGGAGGACCAAUUGUUGGUUCUUUAUAUGCUGUUUUGAAGUGCAGAUUUUUACUUGAAGGUGCCUCUGUUUAAUGCAUCUGUUAUCUUUCUGAAAAAAGGCUUUACAGGCAGGCUGGGCCGGCCCAGCUUAUCAGUUAAAUGGCUAUAAAGUAAGGGUAUCGUAGGUAAAUCCAAGGAAUUUAUCCAAGAGAUUUAUGAGACACUUAAGACCAGCAUAGCUUUGAAUGAAUGGGCAUUAUGUUAGAAGGAGAUUUUCCAAUCAUUCAACCAGGGUCAGUUUAAGCAGACUUAGAUGUAAACCAGAAUCAUUUCUUUAAAAGUUUAUUAUAGAUUGUUUUUAUCACCAUACAUAUUCCUCUUGUGUUAUAUAGGAGGUGAUAUGCCCUCAUGUUUUAUACAAGCCAAUCCCUACUUAUGAGUGUACUUUUUUGGUUUUGCUGGCUCAACACUGUUGACAGAUGAAGUCAUUUUUACAUUUAUUAAGUCACUGAGUUCAUGAAGAUUCACCUUGUAAGUGAUGAUAGAAGACAGCUAGGCAUCUUACAAACAGCCUGUGAGUUGGCCUUCUUAUUCUGGAACAAAGUGAGUUUUGCUGCCUCUCUAGACAGAAGUCUGCUAAGCCAGUUAAGAAAAUAAUUUACUUUAUGCAGUUAAAGUAUAUGGUAAUUUAAAGGUCUCUGCUUAUUUGGUUAAGCAAUAUAAUUGUUAAAGUCUGCCAUUCUUUAGAAAGUAAAUGUAAAAUGGACAACUAUAUAGCCAACCUUCUCUAGCAAGAGUACCAAAGUAGCUAAGGGAGUCUUUUAAGCAGGUCUGCAAUAAAGAUAGCAUUGUCUUUUCUUAGUCCUCCUGCUCUCAGUCCCCAUAUUUUGCCUUUCAAUAUAUGAGUCUUAGUAUAAAUAACCCAAAAUGGUAACUGGUUCCAAAGCAGCAACCACAUUAAAAUCUUGUGACUUAGAGAAGCUUUCUAUAGUUGCUGAUAUUAAUUGCAAUAAAUAACUAUAUACUACUUUGAGAAAUAAGCAUAAAAAAAAAGGUCUAAUAUGGGAUAAAACUGAAAAAGCUAGUAACAUUUGUAAGCAGAUUGAGUUAAAAGAGCUAUAGACCAACUUAAAAGUCAAGUUGCUUCAAUAAACUGACUUUUGGGGGUAAUGAUCAUUGUUUUGUAUUUCAAAAGUAUUGAGUUUAGAAAUCAGUUGUAUGAUAAUUCCUUUGUAUUUUUAAAUAACCAAUCUGUAUGCUAAUAAAAUUUUUUUGGUGUAA